CAUCUAAUAACUCAUAAUGUUUAGUUUUUUUACCUAAGUUUAAUGGUGGUCUGAAAAAAUCUUAAUAUGAUUCGAGGUUCUCACAAAGAUGACUCUUAACUGGUAUAAGGGGAUAUGACGUAAUAUGUACUCGUUUCGUGGAUCCGGAAGAGAGAUCUUCACAUUCUGACAGCCGGUAUCCUGACCUACACUAGUGACGCAAGAUUUCAAGUUAUACGACCAGACAAAUCUGAUAACUGGACACUACAGAUCAAAUUCCCACAAGAACGUGAUUCAGGAAUCUAUGAGUGCCAAGUCAAUACGGAGCCCAAGAUGAGUCUCCCUUUUCGACUCAACGUCAUAGAGUCGAAGGCAAGGAUCAUGGGACCAGCUGACCUCUACGUCAAGACAGGAAGUUCGGUUACCCUCGCCUGUGUCAUAUGCCAGGGUCCGCACGAUCUAGGGACAGUAUUCUGGUACCGAGGGGCAGCAAUCAUCCAGCAACCCGUUACCAUAACGGACCAGGCACAACCGCAACCACGCGUGGUCAUCGAAACAGAUUGGACCGACCACCUGACUUCACGACUUCACAUCUCCAAGGCACGGCCUUCAGAUUCCGGUAACUACACGUGCAUUCCGACCAUCGCUGAACCAGCCAGUGUCAACGUACACGUCAUCAAUGGUGAACAUCCAGCCGCCAUGCAACACGGCAACAAGAAUUCAGCAAGCGUCUCCAUUUCUGUACACAUUAUUGUAUACAGUUUUACAGUUUUCUUAAUAAAACGACUGAGAUGAAAAACAUGAUCACUGUUGCGCCUAGGAUGUUCGUUUCAUAUAUAAAAAUGUACUGUUACAGUG